AGUCCCCGUUCGUUAACAGUAUGCCGAUUAUUGUUCGCGACUACACUUGGACGCAAACUUCUUCAUGCGUCUACAUAACUGUUCCUUUGAGGGGAGCAAACCCAAAAAAGGCGGAUGUAUACGUGAACGAUGCGUAUCUGAAAAUCAACUUUCCCCCUUAUUUGUUUGAGCUGGACUUAUUUGACCAAAUUGACACUGACAAAGCUGUAGUCUCCGUUGGAAAUGGGUGCACGAAAUUUGAGCUGCCAAAGUUAAUAGAGCAGACAUGGGAAAAUCUAUCCUAUCCAAAGGAUUCAGCAAUACCCAUCAAAACCCGCCGUGAGGAGGCCGACCUCCGGUUUCGCCAAAAAGCGGAGGAGGCGCGGCAACGUAAAGCAGCGGAAAGGAGACAGGAAGAGCAGUUGCUUAUUCAGAAGCAGAUUGAAGUUGAAAGAGCUGAGAGGGAGCGCCUAGCAUCCUUAAAGGAAGCGGAGAAGAGACAGGCUGAGGAAGGCCUGAACAAAUGGAUGGAACAAACGAAGCUACAAAAUGCAAAUCGAGAGAGGGAAGAUGUCACCCGCAGGAAAGGGAAGGGAAAGAUAGAAGAGUCUGGGAUCGUUGAAAUAUUUGACAAAGAUGAUGGAUAUAUCUCAGACGAUUCUGUCAUGGACAAGAGGCAUGAAAAUGAAUCGACAUCCGCUGAAUGUAAAGCUUCGGUGGAAACAAAAUCGUGCAAGGAGACUGAAGAUCUGGAUGACUUGGACGAUGAAUCAGGUCUAGAUAUGGAGGAAAUCAGGGCUAAAGUUCAGGCUCAACUAAAACAACAAAGGGUUCCACCUCCACGAGGCGCCAAUCAAGAGAUCCAUAUUACGUUCACAUCGCGAGGACUAAUCCCCACCAAAACCGCGCGAGAAAGUGAAGAUGUCAAAUGGCGAACCCGCAUCAAAGCUAUGCAGGAUGAGCAUAGGCGAAAGGCAGAUAUUUCAGAUGCAAGGAGCAUCGAAGAGUCCAAUCCAACUUUCCUCAAGGACAAAGGCAACAGUUUCUAUCGUUCUGGAAACUAUGCUGCCGCUGUCAACGCGUAUACAGCAGCACUGGACAUUGACCCGAGCAAUUUCACUUGCUUAUCGAAUCGGGCAGCAUGUCACCUCCAACUCAAUGCUUAUGACGCUUGCGUACAAGAUUGUACCACCGCUUUAUCAUUACUUUCGAAGGAAGAGGAAGCGAUUCGCGAGGAAACAGUCGAAGACGUUCAUGCUGAUGACAGACGAAAAUCAAGGGUCAAAAUGCUUGUCCGCAUAGGAACCGCUAAAGUGAGAUCAGGGGAACUAAAAGCGGGCCUAGAAGAGUACCAGAGAGCUUUGCAGCUCGAUCCAAGAAAUGAGAUGCUGCAAAGAGAUGUGGAAAAUCUUAUGCAAUCGAUCUGAAAACAUUUCGAACGGCUGUGAUAGUUUCCCCCCACAAACAAAAUGCGCGAUCCUAUAUUCUUCGCCAGAUAAUUACUCAAAAGGUCAUAAGGUCACUCGCUCAACACAGCCGCCCGCCCACGCAUUGCGAAUUCAAUCUGUGUAUCCUUUAUUGAUGCCAAAUAUGCGGACUUUGUGCAUCGAUGGCAGUUUUGCCACGAGCACCACAAGUAAUGACGCCAAGUUGAUCAUAAAUGUAGGAAAGUCGUAAUGUGUGUAGUGUGUACUUAGUAGGAACCUGUAAAAGAUGCGUUAAAUUUCUUGUUGGCGAUGCAAAGCUGUAAACGAUUGCAAACAUACAGUAUUAUGGGUAAUGCGGUA